UUUUCCCUGAACUGAUGAGAGUUUUACGGAAGGGGGAUUUGGCGCGGAAGGUGCCUGUGUCGGAGAAAGUUUUUGGCGGGAAAGAGGAACGGGAUUGGCGCGGAAGACAUCGGAGAUGAGCUCGUCGGCGGUGGAGGCGGAGGCGCCGGAUCUCGUCUGCCAGCUUGACAACGUCCAAGGCAUGGUCGAUGCCCUCUCCGCCGUCCGCUGGAAGCGUCACCAGGAUGCAGUGAUCGAACUGUCCGAGCACGGAAUCGUUUUGAUCGUCGAGGAUAGCAAUUGUCUUCAGGCGAAGGUUUAUCUGCAGCGUGAGCUAUUUAUCCAGUAUGAAUACAAGGCACAAGGGCGGCCAAAGUUCGGAGUGAGUUUGGGGCUGUUUGUCGAUUGCUUGAACACAUUCUCGGUUCCAGGGCACUCCGGUGCGAUUGAAAUUCAGUAUCCAGGACCAGACAUGCAGCUUCUCCUCAAGUCCAUUGAUUCAUCGGAUGCUUGUAUCUAUGCAGAGAUUAGAACAAGAAUUCCAGAAACAAUUUCAUGGGACUACGACUUUGAACCUGCAGGAAGUACCCCACUUAGUUUCACUUGUAAGUCAGCUGCCUUGAAAGAAGCUAUUGAUGACGUCGAAUGGCCAGGAUCGAGCAUCCAAAUCACUCUACAGCCAUCUCCCCCUUCAGUAAAUUUCAUGGGCGAAGGGCAUGGAUACUUGCAGAUAGACUUCAUGUAUUAUGUAAACACUGAUCUUCUGACAGCAUUCCAUUGCGAUCGGCUAGUCUCCCAUAGGUAUAGAUACAAGUUUCUCCGGGCAACAACCGCGAACUUGCCCAGCAGUGUUACCAAAGAUAACAGAGGAAGCAAGCUGACCAUAGGAAGAGGUGGCAUGCUGAAAGUGCAGCAUUUGGUUUCAGUCGCCCGAUCUACGAAUACGCACCCUUACAUUAAUUCUGCUGGUUAUCAUCAGCCCAGCCGAAUUGCUUAUAUUGAGUUCUUUGUGAAGCCAGAGGCAGACAAUGAUGACUCGUAGGCAUACUUGAAAAAUUGCACCCGGAGUAAGCCCGAGGCCUAGCUAAUUUCAGGUAAAAUGUCGUACUCGGAUCGCUUCUGAGACCAUAUUGUAUAUUCUUUUCGAACUUAUAGGAUUGCUCUGGCAGUAAUAUUAUCUGCAUAUCUUUUACCAUCAAGACAGGAUUAUAAAAUUGAAACAGACUUAAUGCGAUCUGCAGAUUAUUAUUAUUUUAUUA